AUGGAGUUUUCUACACCUGAGGAGGCAAGCAGCUUCUAUAACAACUACAGCCGACUAAAGGGCUUUUCCUCAAUGCGCGAUAAGACGGUUAGAAACACUUUCAGUGAGAUUGUGAGGUACAUGUUCGUUUGUAACAGGCAAGGGUUUCAAGAGAAGAAGUUGUUGGAAAAGGUUGAUCGCAAAAGGGAUCAUAAGGUUGUAACCCGAUGCAGAUGUCUUGCCGAGAUGAGGAUAAAGCGGAAAGACGGUAGUGGGAAGUGGUACGUGUCGCGUUUCGUCGAGGAGCAUAAUCAUGAACUAGCGUUCGGCAAGCUUGUGGAUUAUCUACGGUCACAUAGGAAGAUAUCUGAGGUAGAAGUUGCUCAGCUAACAAGCAUGAGGGAGAUUGGGAUUAGCAUUCCAAAGAUUUAUAAGUCAUUUGCACCACAACUUGUGAGUUUCAACCUGGUUACAUUUACAAAGCAAGAUAUGUAUAAUGAGGAAGAUUAUUCCGUGUUCGGCGAUGUGCUAGCAUUUGAUGCUACGUACGGUCGUAACAAGUAUAACCUCCCUGUUGUUGUGUUCUCCGGACAAUUUUUGGAAUGCAUGCAAGGAAAGGCACCGCAAUCUGUUGUCACCGAUGGUGACCCAGCCAUGCAGUUGGCGAUUCAAAAUGCAACAUCGAACAUCUGUGACCCGGGAUUCACACAACUAUUUCGACAUUGCAUGUUGGAUGAUAUGGAAAUUGAUGAGUUUGAAGCGCAUUGGGCCUCCAUGAUCCAUGAGUAUGGUGUUGGCGACGUUGACUGGGUGAAGGACUUGUAUGUGAAAAAGUACACAUGGGCAACAGCUGGGAGGUGUGUCGAUUUUCUUUGGGACAACGAGGAUGAGCUGGAAUUUCACUCUUGGUAUGGUACACUUAUUUUACAAACCGAGUUUGUUGAGUUGGAAAAGUCAGGGUGGACCAAGUUCACUCGUGAGAUGUUCGUUAGAUUUCAGGAAAGCCUGAAACGUUGUGUCCGUGUGAGAAUAUCUGAAAUUAAUGAAACAGUGCACCCGCAUAUAUAUACUAUCCAAAAGUAUCGGAGGCCUAACAUGACCUGGCAGGUCUGUAGGGAGCCUAUUUCCAACAGCUUUAGCUGCACGUGUAUGCGGAUGGAUUCGUUUGGUAUUCCAUGUGUGCACAUCAUGGCCGUGUGUGUAAGGCUAGACUUAGGGAAACUUUCUGAAAGCCUAGUUUUGCGUAGGUGGUCCAAGACAGCCAAAAUACAGUCCGAAAAUGAAAACAUUGAGCACUGCACUGCUGACCAAAGCAUGACAUAUAGAACAAGGUUGGUAGCAUUUUUACAGCUGUGCAAGCGGUUAGCCCGGGUGGCUUGCAUGAGUGAUGAUGACUUUAAGAUUUACUCGAAGAAACUUUUAUCCGAUGCGGUUUUUCUUGAAAUAAAGUAUGGCCUUCGACCAAGAAUCAAUGUUCUCGCAACAACAACCGACAAUGGAGUGAAGGACCCAGUUCGUGUUAGAACUAAAGGUACAGGUCGGUGCAGUCAAGCCGGUGCUUCUGCUACCAAGAAGAAAAGGAAGUGA